UUUCUCAGUCUGUUGACAAAUGUGUCCAAGACCUCUGUCCCGUUGAAGAUUUGUGCUCUAAAUGUAAUAAAAUGUAACUUUGCUGGACUCUUCUGGACCAGGUGUUGACUCGGGUGGGUUCUUCAUGAAGUUGUGAGCGCGGCCUCUAAUCAACCAUGCUGAAAUGGUUUUCCGGGGAAGAGGGAGAGGCCGGCUCCGCUGGCGCCGGCUCCCCUCGCGGCGCUGCUGCAGGUUCUGUUGGCGCUGCAGAACUUCCUGUGGAGGAAAUGGCGGAGCGGCUGAUCCAGACGGAGCAGCUCGUCUCCCAGCUGAAGGAGCUGAUCCGGGAAAAAGACGCCGCGCUUCGCUCCAAAGACGACCAGCUCAAGGGGGAGAAGGAGGCGUGUGAGGCCAAGCUGUCCAAGCUCCGCCUCCAGAACAAAGCCAAGGUGACGUCUCUGACAUCACAGCUGGAGGAGCUGAAGAAGCGGCAGGGAGAAGCCGGAACGCCGACCCACAGCAGGAAGGGCUCCUCAGAGGGAGGAGGAGAGCAGGCCAGUCGGGGGAAGAUCGUCCUGCUGAAGAAGAAGCUGGAGGAACUGGAGCAGCAGCUUUCUCUGAAAGAUGGAGAACUGGAGAACAAGAGGAAGGAGCUGGAGGUCCAGCAGCAGCGAGGAGAGGAGAUGGACUCCAUGCUGACAGAGAGGGACAGGAGGCUGGCAGAAAAGGAGGCGUACAUCGUCCACCUGCAGACGGGACUGGCUGCAGAUCAUCCUGCAGCUGCUGCACCGCAGCACAAGGCGCUGGAGGUCGGCGGAGAGAUGCAGGAGCUGCAGCUGCUGGUGCAGAGCCUGACCAAGAAGGUGGAGGAGUCAGAGGAGCGUUACAGUCUGCUACUGGAGCAGACGGGCAGCCUGAAGGAGCUGCUGGCCUCAGAGAAGGAGCAGUACAGCCAGAAGGAGAGCAUGUUCAAGCAGAACAUCCAGACGUUUAAGGACAUCAUCAUUCAGAAGGAUAAUCAGCUGACGGAGAUCAACCAGAUGCACGAACAGGAGCUGUUCAGGCUGGCGGCCAAAUCAGACGCCAGCGCCGACCUGGAGCAGCUGCUGAAGGCUCUGAAGCAGAAGCUGCAUGAGAAGGAGGAGGUUCUGAACGGGAAGACGCAGGUCAUCGACGUGCUGCAGGGAGAGGUGGACGGCAGGGACCAGCAGAUCAGGGAGCUGACGGAGCGGCUCCAGCGGCUGACGGUGGAGCGGGAGAGCCUGGAGUCCAAGAUGGAGGCGGAGAAGCACGUGAUGCGAGCGCAGCUGCGGGACCUGAUGGAGAAGCACCAGGUGGAGCUGCAGCGGCUGAGCGCGCAGCAUCAGGGCCAGAUGGAGCGACUGCAGACGGAGCUGCUGGGGCAGCUGGAGGAGCGCCGCACAGCCUCGCCUGCAGCGGCGCCACCUGUCUGCCAGGAGGCCUCAGGAAGCGGGAACCUGCCGACGGAUCCGGCCUCCAUCCAGAGGAUGGCGGAGCUGGAAGCUCAAGCAAAGCAAAAAACGGAAGAGGCCAGCAGGUCAGAGGCCAAGUUCCUGAAAAUGAAAGCUUGGUCCAAGUCUCGGAUCCGACAGCUGGAAGAGGAGCUGAAGAAAAGCCAGGCUGGAGUUGCUCCUCCGGACCUGACGGCGCUCCGGGGUCGGAUCACGGCUCUGGAGGAGGAGAGGGAGGAAAACCAGUGGAAGGUGGAUCAGUACGAGGAGCUGAGGGCGAAGAGCGAAAUGCUGGAGGCGAAGCUGGUGUCGUACGAGGAGCAGCAGAGGACGCUGCAGGCCGAGCUGGAGCAGUUCACCAAGAGGGCGGCCUCCCAGGCCAGCGAGUCCGGCAGCGCCGACGACACCCAGAGCAAGGUGCUGGAGUGGCAGGAGAUGGUGGCGGAGGCGGCGAGCGCCCGGGACCGAGCCCGGGAGGAACGGGAGGAGAGGGCGGCCAUGUCGCUGCGGCUCAGCCACAUGGAGGAGGAGCGAGAGGGACUGAUUGAGGAUGACUGGUUCUUUCCUGGCUGCUCCGAUCCAGCUCUGGCCACCCGGCAGCAGGAGUUGGAGGAGGAGCUGGCCCAGGCUCGGGGGCUGGCCCGACCCGGGGCCAAGAAGCUGCUGGCUCCGGCCCAUCGAAGCCUGCAGGAGGAUUUUGAGUUCGACGGACAGGCGCCCUUCCAGAACCCGGGAAGCACCUCGGAGAGCACAACCCCGAUGGAGGGAGAGAACAUGGGAGGUUGGUGGCCCGAGUACAGUUCUCCUGACACAGACGGAUUGCGCUCCGUCGUGGAGGAGCUGGAGCUUGAGAGGAACCAGCUGCAGGAGCAGAUCCUGAGCCUGGAGGAGCGAUGCCAGGACCUGGAGGACCGGCUGCAGCUGCAGGCCCGGAUCGAGGCGCUGCAGAAUGAGACGGAGAAGCUGCAGAGCCAGCUGGCCGGCGUGCGCAGUCAGCACAGCAGAGACGCAGAGAAACACCAGCUGCUGGUCAACAGCCUCAGCGAGCAGCUCAAAGGGCUGAGUGACACCCAGGAGAGCCUGGAAAGUUCCCUGGUUGAGAAGGAGAACACGUUGGCCAAGACGACUGAGAAGCUGGAGCUCAUCGACAGCCUGAGAGAAACGCUGAGCCAGAGGGAGAUCCAGGUCAAAGAGCUCUCCGACAAACUCCUGCAGACCGACCACAGCCUGGAAAACGUGACGAAGAGAUGCAGCAGCUCAGAGAAGCAGUGCUCCGAACUGAAAUCUGAGGCUGCAGACCUGACGCAGAAGCUGAGUGCGCUGAAGGAGAAGGCCCAAAAGCAAGACGUUACCAUAGAAACGCUCCAAGCGGAGCUGGACCAGACCAGUGAGGAGCUGGACAAGCUGAACUCGGCUCACCUGGAAGAGCGAGCCCAGCUGAUCCACGACCUCCAGAGCUGCGAGCGGGAAAUCGACAGUCUGAAGGACGUUCUGCUGGAGAAGGACAGAGAGAUAUCCAGCCUGGCCGGGAACAUGGCCGAGUACGCCGAGCAGCUCAACGUGCUGAAGCAGGAGGUCAAGGAGAAAGAGGAGAGCCUGGUCCAGGUGGAGAACGCUCUGAGGAAGGCUGAGCGGGAAGCUACGGUCAUCAGGGACUCGCAGAACUCUGACCAGCAAACCCUGAACAGCAGAAUCACAGAGCUGAUGGGGAAGCUGAAGGAUGCUGAGGCAGAGCUGGAGAAAACCAAAGAGGAAGGAGAGUCCAAGGCGGCCGAGGUGGAGCAUCUGCUGAAGCAGGCCGAAGGCGACAAGAAAACCAUCCAAGAGCUGCGAGGAGACAUCCAGAAGCUGAACGUGAGCCAAAGGAAUCAUCUCUCUGAAUGCGAGACUCACAUCUCCUCCCUGAAGGAGCAGCUCAACGUUUCAGCACAAAGGCUGCAGGAGUCCGAAGGAAAGAUCCUGCAGCUUCAGGACGAAAACACGACCAGAGAAAAACUGCAGCAGGAGCUGAAGGAUAAGGAACAGAUUCAGGAAAAGGAGCUGAAAUCCUCUAAAGACGAGCAAAAUAAACUUUUAACUCAGGUGGAGAAAUACGGCAACCAGGUUGAGACAUUAUCUGGUAGGUUAGAGGAGAAACUUGAGGCAAUAAGAUCUCUGGAAGAUCAAAUCAGGACAGCAGACAAACUGGUGGAAGAGGAGAAGCAGAAGUUUGACUCAGAGAAGGUUAGGUUGAACAAUGAGAUCCAGAAUAAAUCAGAAGGCAUCUCCAAAGUCCAGGAGGUCUUAAGAAGCACAGAGACCCAAAAACAAGAGCUGGAGGUAAAACUUAAAGGGCUGAACGAAGAGCUGGAGCUUCAGAGACGCCAAACCGACGAGCUCCAUGAAAGAGCUACAGCUGCUCUUCAGCUCAACGGCAGCCUGGAGGAACAGCUUCAGGUCAUCACCCAACACAGAGACAAGCUGCAGCUGGAGGCAAGCGAACGCAUCAGAGCCGUUUCAGAGGCUACAGCCGAGAGAGAUUCCCUCCAGACCCGAAUAUCUGCAUUGGAGACGCAGCUUUCUGACAGCAACAGAGUCAUUGAAGGGCUGCAGAGAGAGAGGGGGGAUUUAAACCAAGUCAUAGAGCAAAGCAACAACUCCAACUCAGAGCUCCUGCUGGAGAAAACCAACGAAUGCAGCCGUCUGCUGGAGGCGCUCAGGGAGAAGGAGGAGGAGGCGACCCGGAUGAGGCUGCAGGUGGAGAAAACGGAGCGGACCGCCGCUGACCUUCAGUCCAAAACCGAAACGCAACAAAGUCUGCUGACGCAGCUGGAGGAGAUGCUGUCUCUGCUUCGAGAACAAGAGUCCAGUUUGAAGUCUGGGCUGAUGGAGACGGACGGGAUGCUGAAACAGAAGGAAGAGGAAGAGACCCGGCUGAAAGCUGAAGCUGAAUCCCUGAACAAGGAGCUUUCUGAGCUGAAGCAGCGACUUAAAGAGCAGGAGGAAACGUGUCGAACACACAAAGACCAACUGAACGACAGAAACCAGGCGGUGAAGUCUCUGAACGACCAACUUAACGUCUUCAGAGAAAAUACCAGAAAACUGGAAUCUGAGGCGGAGUAUAGGAAAACCAAGAUGGAGGAUUUAAAUUCCCACCUCCAGACUCUCACCAAGGAAAACCAGAACCUCCGUCUCGCCUGCGAGUCCAAAGAAAACGAGAUUUCUCAACAAAGACGGACUGUUUCUGAGCUUACCCAACAACUGGAAGCAUCUGCUGAGCAGAACUCCCAGAUCAGGGCUCAGAUUAUCCAUCUGACGGCCGAUAACCAGAGAUUACAGGAAGAGUUGGGGAAAAACAUCCAGUUGGUUUCCGACUUAACAGCCGAGAAAAGUUUCCUCCAGGAAAAAGCUUCCAGCCUGGAAAACCAAAUCCAAGACAGUCAGAAAACAAUCAGCGCUCAGACCGAAGAGAGAGAGGAGCUGAGGAAGAUCCUGACAGAAAGCCAAGAGUCCAACGCUGCAGGUCUGCUGGAGAAGACAAACGAAUGCACUCAUCUGUCCAGAAUGCUGCGGGAGACGGAGGAACACCUCCAGAGUUUACAGGAGCAGGUCAGUCAGCUGACAGACGCGGAGAAAACCGUCUCUGAGCAGAGAGCCCAGCUGGAGGCCCGGCAGGACCAGCUGCUGCAGCUGCAGGACACCGUGUCCAUGCUGCAGGAGCAGGGCUCGGUUCUGAAGGCCGCGCUGAUGGAGAAAGACUCGGCGCUCAACCAGACGGCAGAGGAACGUCGAGUUUAUCAGAACGAGCUUCUAACUCAGAGAGAGCUGGCAUCGAAGCUGCAGGAAGAAGCCGAGUCAGUCAGGAGAGAAACGUCUGAGAUCCGACAGCAGCUGGAGCAGAAAGAGCAGGAGGUCCAGGAGGUCACUGAGCAGCUCCAGAGUCACAGGGAGGAGCUGAAGAAACGCAGCGAGUCGGUGUUUUCACUCAGCAGUCAGAUCGGAGCCAUGAACCAGAGCGCCGCAGAGAUGGAGGCGGAGAUCUCCAGUUUAAAAGCUUCUCUGCAGAAACUCUCUGCAGAGAAUGAGCAGCAGCUGCAGCAGAGCAAAGCCGAGGUGACCGACCUGAGGGACAGCAUGCAGGCGCUGACGGACCAGAACCGCAGGCUGAAGGCUGAGCUGCAGAAAAUGGCGAAUGAGCUGGAGCUCAUCGGCAGUCUGAGAGCAGAAAUCUCAGACAGAGAGAAGGAGCUGAGAGACGUACAGUCAGAGGUGGAGACGAUGAGAUCCACCAUGCAGGAAAAGGAUGAAAACCUGGAGAAACUGCAAGCUUUUAUCCAGCAGCAGGACCAGCAGCUGAGGCAGGUCAAAGAUCACAGCGACACUUUGAAGAAACAGCUGUCAGAGCUGCAGGAGACGACCUUCAACCUCAGAGGUCAGGUAGAAACUCUGACCUCAGAGUCGGGCGCGCUGAAAAACUCCCUGGAGAAGAAGGAGCAGUUGAGCCUCCAGUAUCAGAGUCACUCCACCACCACCGUGGAGAACCUCAACUCCCAUCUGCAAGGCAAAGAGGCCGAGUGCCACAGCCUGAAAGAGAGGAUAUCUCACCUGGAGGAAUCCGUCUCCAAGCUCAGCAGCUCCCUGCAGGUUCAGGCCUCUGAGGCGGAACGACUCAGGGCGACUUUGGGAGAAAAAGACGCUGCCCUCCUGGAGCGAUCCCGGUCUGAGGAGGAAGCUCAGAGGAGAGCCGACGAGGCUUCACUCUUCAAGUCGCAGUUCAUGGAAAGCGCAGAGAUGGCGUCCCAGCUGCAGAGUCAGAACCAGCUGCUGUCUGCCGAGUCUGAAAACCUGAAGAGGUCAGCAGAGGAGACGCAGCGCGCCUUCACCAACCUACAGGAAAAGUACGCCCAGUCCCUGGAGGAGCUGCAGGACGUCAGGAAACGUCUUGCUGAACGGACAGAGGAGGUCGACAACCUUCGAGCACAAAUAGACGAUUCCAGCAGAGGGCGCCAGACGGCAGAAACCACCGUGGAGACUCUGAGAACCGAAGUGUCUCUGAUCAGGGACAAGCUGGACAGAAGCCAGGCCUUGAACUCCAGCCUGUCCAAAGAGAAAGAGGACGCCUUGGCAUCCCAUCAGGCAAGUGUAACUCAGCUGAUGGUUGAAAUAGAAAGACUUAAAUCCCAACAUCUUCAGGUCGCAGAGCAGAUGAACGCUCUGACCGAGAACCUGGAGCAGAGAGAGAUGGCUCUCCACGCAAUAAACAACCAGUACGGCGCUCAGGCCAAGCAGGCGGCGCAGCUGCUCUCAGAGAUGCAGAAACUGGAAGAGCGCAACAAGAGUCUGAGCGAGGAGCUGCGGCUGUCCGGGGAGGAGCACCGCAAGCUGCAGGCGGAGAGGGAAGAGCUGGAGCAGAGCCGGCAUCGGGAGCUGCAGGAAAAUCAGAGCCUACAAGCCAAGGUUAGUGCCAAAGACCAAGAGCUGUCUCUGUUGAAAGAAAACAUACAAAAAAUAGAGCAGAUUCUGCAGGACUCUGAGAAGGAGUGGCUGUCGCUGCUGGACAGGGAGAAGCAGGACAAGAGUCUGCUCACAGAACAGUUAGAACGUCUCAAAACUGAAAUGAAAUCCAAAGAUGUUAAAGUUAAUGCUUUGAAGGAAGACUUAGACGGUUUGCAAGACAGACUAGCAGAGGCGUCAGCUGCAGUCAUGCAAGGUUCAGACCAGCUGAGCACUAAAGAGCUGGAGGUGUCGGCAUCCAGAGUCCAGCUGGAGAGAGUUCUGGCUUCCAUCCGGGAGAGGGAGGAAGAGAACCGGAGCCUGCAGCAGUCGCUGUCGGCUGCAGAAGACGAGCUACGAAGAAUUCUGAAAAACGACAAUGAAACGGACUCUACUGAUAGAUCUGCUGCAGUAAACCUAGAAGAAUCAUCACUGCAAGACCUGAUAAAGACGGUACACGAGAGUCAUCAAGCUGAGAUAUACGCUGUGAAGAGAGACCUGGCUGAAACUGCUGCACAGCUGCAGAAUCAAAGGAGUAGCCAAGAGAAGGAACAGGAAGCUCUGGAGAAUUUACAGGCUCAGCUUCAUGCAGAGCUGCAGAAGAAUUCAUUCUUAGAUGAGCAGAUGAGCUGCAUGAGCCUCCAGGUCAGCCAGCAGAAGGAGCUGCUCUCCUCGCUCAGCCAGCAGCUGAAGGAUAAAGACGCCUCCAUCGCUCAGGUCAUCGAGUCCGCCUCCAACGAGAGGCUGAAGCUGGUUGAGGAAAACGCCUCCCUGUCAGCGCAGCUGGAGAACAUGGAGCGUGCUCAGCAGGAGCUACAGGAACAGCUGACAUGUUUUCAGACGGAGAACUCUGAGAAGCUUCAGCUCGCAAAGGAAACGGAGGAUCUGCAGAAGGAGCUCGCUGCCGCAUCCAAAGAGAAGGAGGCCAUGAAGAAGAAACUUCAGGCUGCUCUGGUUGUGAGGAAAGAUCUGCUGAAAAGGAUCGAUGAGUACGAGAAGCAAAAGGAAGAAGGAGAGAACAAUAAAAUUUAUGUUUUGCAGGAAAAAUUGAAUGAAAUGAAACAAACGUAUGAAGAAAAGAUUUCCGUUCUUGACGCGGAGAUAAUUGAACACAAAGCAGUUGGUGAAAGGGCUGCGGAGCAACUACAGUCUGAACAACAACUGCUGCAGAGCACAUUAAUGGAGAAGGAGGAGAGCUUGUGUGACGCUUUAGAAAAAGUCAAGGAGAAAAACUCUGUCAUUGAGGAGCUUCAGUCCAGAGCAGAAAACAUCGAACGAGAUAAAAACAAUUUGAUUCAGAAACUGGAGGAGCUUCAGAACGAAACGAAGACAUUCCAGGACGAGCUGAAGGUCAAGUCUUCCUCCGCUGCUGCAGACCUGGAGAUGGAGCUGGCUCAGAUGAAGCAAGAAAAAGCUGCUCUGAAGAAAAAGGCCCAGGCUGCACUGCUGGCACGCAAGAAGGCUCAGGAAAAUGAGAAGAAACUUACUGAAGAGCUAUCUGAGCUGAAGGAGAAGCACGAGGCUCUCUUAGCUCAACACCAGCUGCAGGCAGAGGAGCUGGAGGAGCUCCAUAAAACCUCUACCUCUUAUCUAGACGAAGCAAACUCCUUAAGACGGCUCAUGGAGGAGGAGGACAAAUCUCUGCAAGACGUCAAAGUGUCUCUGCAAACGGAGUUGGAAACCAUCAGGUCCAGAUUGGACAGCAUUUCUCUUGAAAUGGCUGAUAAAAACGUAGCUUUUGCUCAGAUUGAAGAAAGAGAAGCUGCUUUAAAGUCGACUCUGCAGAGCAUUCAGAGCGACCUGGAGAAAGCUCAGGCAGAAGUAGAACGGAAAACCCAGGAGGUGGAGAAAUAUCAAGCUGGGCAUCAGGAGAAUCGGGAGUUAUUGGGUAGAACUGUGACUUUAGAGAACCAACUCCAGAAAGAGAAGCAAGCAAACGAGGAAAAACUUCACAUGUUGAUGAAAGAAAAGGAAGCCAUGUUGGAGCAAAGCAACCAGCUGAGAACACAGCUGGAUGAAGCAGCUGGUUUGAUUUCACAGAAAUCUUCAGAGUACUUGGCAAUCCAAAGGAAGCUAACAGAGACGGAGCAAGAAAAAGAUGUUUUGGUCAAAGAAACUGAAAAGGUGAAGCUAAACUUCACAGAAAUCCAACAAGAAGUGGAGUUGUUGAAGGAGGAUAAUGAAAACCUGAACAGGUUAAUCAGUGAGCUGAAAGGUGAAAUGGCUGCACUGAAGCAGCAGAACGUAAAAGAGGAGAAACAUGAAGUCAACAGAGACCAUGUUGCUUCCUCUUGCAAGUGUGCAGAAAACUUUGAAGUGAAACUGAAGGAGAAAGAUGAAGCUUUGUCAGUUUCUCAGGCUCAAGUUUCAGAGAAAGAUCAACUAAUCACUUCACUGGAGCUGCAGCUGGUUCACCAAAUCAAGAUGCAUGAAGUCACAGUUGAAAGGAUGAGAACCGAAGCUGAGGGGCUUCAGAGAUCCCAAGAAGAUAACCAAACCAAACUUCUAACCAGGAAACUUCAAGCAGCUUUAGUGUCCAGAAAAGAUCUGAUGAAGGAAAACGCCUCGCUGAAGGAAGAAGUCGAGAAGUUGUCUGCUCAACAGGAAGCCAAGGAAACGGAGUGCCUGGAUCUGAAGUCAUCCCUGUUGAAGCUGAAGCAACAGAAUGUGGAGCUGGAAGGUUCUGCCUCAUCCGUCCUCAAAGAAAGAGACGCGCUGGUCGCUGAUGUUGAUCGCAUCCUGAACGACAACCGCAGCCUGUCUGCAGCCUGCGACAGUCUGAAGUUAACCAUCGAGAGCAUCACACAGCAGAAACAGGCCUUCUCCUGCCAGCUCGAGUCGCUCAAAGACUCCCAAACCGAGGAGCUGACCAAAUGGAAGUCAAAGCACGCCGAGCUGAAGCAAGAGUACGAGUCUCUGCUGCAAGCAUACGAAAACGUGAGCAGUGAAAUGGACAAGAUGAGGCAGCUGUUGGAAGGAGCCAAGAGAGAGCGACAGGAAGCUCUGAAGAGAAUCCACGAUCAGGAGACCCAGAAGGAGAUCCUGGAAAAACGAGCCCAAGAGGCGGAGGAGGAAAACGAGAAGAUUAAAGAGAGGAUGCACAAAUUCUCCAAAGAGAAACGCCAGAAGAUCGAGAACCUGGAGGAGGAGAAUCAGAAUCUUCAAAAGCAACUCUCACAGCUCGAUGGAAACCACGAGAUGGUGGUGUCCAAGCUAAGAGACAAAAACCAGGACCUGGAGGCAGAGAUUUCCCAACUCGCAGAGAAACUCUCAGUCAUUCAGGCAGAAAACAUCCAACUGGCUGAAAAACUAGAAGCAGCGAGUUGUUCUCUGAAGGAGAAGCGCUUGGAAUCAAACAACAACACAAACAACAUGCAGCUGAAGCUUGAUGAAGCUCUCAGCUUGAAUAACUCUCUGACGGCGCAAAUUGAAGCUCAAAAAACAGAACUGAGCGCACAGCUGGAAAUAAGCAAUCUGCUACAGAAGGAGAAGGCGGAUCUUUCUGAAAGACUGAAAGAAAUCCAGAAAGAGCUGGAUCUGGAGCUGGGAAAGCGAGACGAUGGGAUCAAAGAGCUCCGAGACAUUCUCAACAAGCACAGCCAGGAGACGAUCAGUCUGAACGAGAAGGUCCGAAUCCUGGAGGACGACAAGUCACUGCUGCAGGAGGAGCUCGAGAACACCCAAGAGAUUUCAGACAAGGUGAAAAACGAGAACGAAUAUUUGGAAACUGUGAUCCUGAAGAAUUCAGAAAAAAUUGAUGAGUUGACAGAGUCCGUCAAUGUCCUGCAAACCCAAAAUGCUCAGCUGACGGCGCAGCUUACGACCAGCAGGGAGAUGAAUGAUCAGGUCCGUCGAGAAAAAGAGCAGGAGCAGCUCAAGUUGGUCCGAGAGUUUGAGGAGAAACUCAAGACUGUUCAGAGAGGCAGCGAGGGAUCCAAGAACGUGAAGAAGGAGCUGCAAGAGCUGCUCAAAGAAAAGCACCAGGAGAUAAAUCAGCUCCAACAAAACUGCAUCAGGUACCAAGAGGUGAUUCUAGAUCUGGAAAGCUCCCUGAAGAGCUCACAUUCAACCUGUGAACAUUUGGAGAAAGAGCUGAAGAAGAACUCUGAGAAGAUGUCGGCAUCGGAGGAGAGUAGCAAGAGACUCGAAUCUGAGUCGGUAAAGAUCAGGAAGCUUCUCCAGGAGGCAGAGCAAAAGAUCACAAGUACCGAGUCUGAAAGGGAGCAGCUGGCUCUUCAGAUAUCCCAGAACGUUAAACAGAUAGAGGAAACUAAAUCAUCACAACAUAUUGAAGAAACACAGAGACAAUCCUUCAUACAGAAUCAGCUACAGCAACAAGUUGACGAGCUGAAGAAUCUGAGAGAGAAGGAAAAUGAAAGAGUGGAUGAACUGAUCCAGGUGUUGCACUCUAAAGAUCUCCAGAUAAACACUCUGAGGAGAGCGGUUGAGACCAGCGAAGCCAAGCUUUCUGCUCUGACGUCCACUCCUCAUGGGGCUGACACCUCCAGACUCUGGGAUGAUUUGUUCCAGAAGAGCCUCCACCAGAAAGACAAGCAACUGCUGGAACAAGAGUCAACCAUCACAAGGUUCCUGGAGGAUCUGAGGAAGAAGGAGAAGGAAGUGAAUGAACUUCGAGUGGCUAAACUAAGACUGGAAAGGACGUUGAAUGAGUACUCAGUUGCUGCCGCCGCUCAUCAGCGUCAGAUGUUUAUCGUAAGUGCAACCAAUGCUGAAGUGAGUGAGAAUUUGGAGCUCAUGACUGUUCAGGUGAAGGAACUCAGUGGUCGAGUGGAAAGACUGGAGCAAGAGAAGAACGGCCUGAACCGACAGCUGGAAGAGCGAGAGGACGAGCUCUGCCAGCUGCAGCCUCGUCUUCAGCAGAUGGAGAAGCUCAACGCUGACACAGAAGCUCAGCUGCACCUUUUACAGACCGAACGGGACAGAAUUCAGGCCGACUUUGACAAGCAGCUGGGCAUUGCACUUCAACUGAAAACACUCCUUCAGGGCAAAGAUGCCGAGAUCUCUUCCCUGCUGUCCUGCAAAGAUGGCCAGAUGUCUGGGUAUCUGGAGCAACUCCAGGCUAACUAUCGCAACCAGGUGUCUAUUUACGAAGACAGGCUCACGUCGUCACGCUACCAAAGGGAGAGGCUGGACAAAGAGAUAAGAGCACUUCAGGCGAAGGUCAAAAGUCUUAAAAUUCAAGUGAGCAGAUCCGUUCAAGAAAAGGAACAGAUGGAGAUGAAGAUCGAGUCAUUCAAGAACUCAGUGGUGUCUUUACAGAGCGAACGGGAGCGGCUGAUGUCCGAAUACAGAGCACUAGAGGCAAAGAGUCAGUUGGGGUUGAAGGAUAAAGAAGGUUUCCCUGAUGGUGAGGGCGGUGCAAGCAAAGGCUUUAAGCAUGAAAUCAGAAAGUUGUUGCAUCAAAUGGAUGAUCUGAACUCUGAGAACGCCAUGCUCAGGGCUCAGCUGGUGCGCUACCGAGAGGAUUUAAAUCAGGUACUGUCCCUUAAAGACAACCAGGUGAAGGUUCUGCUUCAGAAGCAGCAGGAUGUGAUCAAAAACCUGGAAGUCCAAAAGGCUUCCACUGAAAAGCUUCUCAGAGAUUCUCGGCUGGAACUCCAAGAGAAACAAGAAGACAGUAAUGCGAUUAAAACGGAGAAUGAAGAACUCAAGGGUAAAGUCUCCAAACUGGAAGCUGAAAGAGUGACAACUAAUGAGGGCAGGGUCAUUGCCAAUUUACAGGAUGCCGUGGCAGCCAAGGCGUCUGAAUGUAGCGACCUCCAGCAGAAACUGCUCUCCCAGAAAGCAUCGGUCGAUGAGCUCAAAAGCAAAAUGCAGCAGUUGGAAGAAGAGACUGACAACAAACUUGCUGAAGCUGAAGAUAAAUACAACAGUGAGCUGGACACCUUCGAGCGGGAGGUGGAGCUGAUGAGAACCGAGCGUGAGACGGCAGAUCAAAGAGUGGCGGAGCUCGCCAAAGAUUUACUGGAUUUGGAGCAGCAGUUAGCUGAAGCUAAAUCACAAAACAAAGACCUGAAGGCUCAGAAUGGAUCUCUGUGCAAAGCCAUGGCCGCUCUGCAGAAUGACCGAGACCAGCUCAUCGAGGACUUCAAGACCCUCAGGAACAGGUACGACGAAGAACUCCGGCAGAGUCAGGUGGCUCUGAACAAGGUUGAGCACAGUCUGCAGGACGCGUCUUCAGACCUGGCCGGAUAUGCUAAAGAAAGAGACGUCCUUGUUCUCAAAUUAAAAGCUAUAGAGGGCAAAGAUGCACACGAGGAGCUGAGCAAGUUGUUGGAUGAACUGUCGAAGGCCCUGUCAGAGAAGGAACGAGAGCUGAAACAGGUGGUUCUGGAAAAUGGCGCAUACAGCAGGCAGCUGUCUGCGUUCUCCAGAUCCAUGGCCAGCCUGCAGAACGAUCGCGACCGGCUGAUGGAGGAGCUGGCCGGGGCCAAGAGAGAGGCUGAAUCCAAACAGGGGUCGAGUGCAGAGAUGGUUCUCACCUCUGUCAUGGAAAAGGAAAAAGCCGUCGGUGCCUUCGAAGAUGAGAAUGAUGGGCUGGUGAAGGAAAUGAAAUCUGAUGAGCUCCACCAGUCUACCAGCAGCUAUCAGCAAAACACUGCACAUCUGAGGUCUGAAGCUGAGAGGAAGGACACCCUGUCCAUUAAAAAGGAAACGGCUGCGCUGGCAGGCCAGAGCAGCCAGGAGGCAGCAGUGAGUCGGUUGGAGGCUGAGAAGCUGCAGCUGCACAGAGACCUGCAGCGCUGCGUUUAUGAGAUCCAGCAGCGGGACCAGUACUUCCACCAGCUCAACACCAAGCUGCAGCAGGCGGUGGAGGAGAGAGCUGCGGUCGCAGGCCAGCUGAGGGCCGUUUCCCAAACGCUCAGGGACAGCCAGAACCGCUGCCACUGGCUGGAGAGUCAGAUCCAGGGCCAGGGCUCGGCUGAAGUGGCUCCUGGAGCUCCUCAGGAGAGGAGCAGCGACUCCGUCAGAGAGGCAGCAGAGGCCAGUCAGCUCCGGGAGAGGCUUGUGGAGGUGGAGCUGAGUCUGGCUGAUGAACGAGCGAGGAGAGAGAGUGCAGAAGAGGCGCUGCGGCUGGCGGAGGACAGAGUGAAGAGCGCUGCAUCCAGGGACAAUCAGAGGGACUUCAGCAUCGAGAUGGAAGAGGAGGAGUGGGAAGCCCUGAGCCUCAACCCAAACCAGCCGCUCAUAACACGCAAGGUGAAAGGUGGCAUGGUGGCGUGCCGCCGGUGGCUGAGGGGGCGGAGCCUCUACUUCUCCAGGCUGCUGACGGGUCGCGCUCGCUCUCGGUAUUUCUUCCUGGCCUACCUGCUCACCAUCCACGUGGCGGUUCUGAUGUGCCUCAGCGGGGCCUGGUAGUGGCCCCUCGGGGCCUCCUGCGGUUUAAACUGCGUUUCUGUGUUAAAACACUAAWACCAGCAGAGCCCUCUGGACUCCUGCAGGUCUCAGGACACUUGCACUAAUAUUUAAACACCAGACAGCUGCACAGUUCCUGCAGCGGUUCCUGGGUUUAUCGUUGCUUCUGUCAACCUGUAGAGGGCGAAGCUGCAACCAGGUUUUUCUGUUGAACUGAGUUGUUGAAUGUCUGUGUGAAACAAGCCUUUAAUCGUGGCUCCCCUUUUGGUUUGCUUACAAUCUAACAAUCAGAGGAAGGAGCUGGAGUUCUUGAAUAGUCGUAGUUUUAGGUUUUUGUGUCUGAAAGGAGACGGAUGACUAAACGUCGGUCCGGUCUCCGUCAACACUACUGAACGUCUCCGUUGCCUUCCUGAGCGAACACAUCCGGACCCCCCGCUGCUUCACCCGCCCUGCCUCACGCCAUGAGUUGCACAUAAUCAAUCGCAAUGCUGACUUCGACUAUGCACUGAUGGAAGCUCACAAGCACCGCUCCCUUUAAAGCCAAAGGCGGCAGAGAAACUGCGUCCAUGGUAACGAUGAUGAUGAUGAUGAUGAAACUCUUGUGUCAACGUGUGCCAUUUGAAAUAAUCUGCAGAUAUUUAAGAUCCUCCUGUAUUUAUGAGUAUCCAGAACCUGGGCUGUACAUGAUGUAUUUAUGUUUGUAUUUUCCUCUCUGUACAUUUUCCAUGAAAUCGGAAGUUUCCUGAAAGCGGAUCGGAUUGCAGAGCCAGCUCCUCAACCGAUCCGGUUUAUGGGAAAGCUGCGGUUCUGCUGUAUAAUUACUUUUAUAAAAGUUUGAGGUUCCAACAUGAAAAAUGGAUCCGAAUGUAUUUAUGGAAAAAGGUGAAACUACUGAAAAAUGACAUAUUUUCUUUACUGCGUCUGUUUUUGGCGACGCCUCAGAGACUGGAGGUUAAACUUUGUGCAAUAAAGUGACAUUUUUCAGCUCAUCCUUCAUCAUCUCAGAAAGACGUUAAUAAAGUUCAUCAGAUCACUUCUCA